AUGUCUUCUGUAUUUAACUAUCGAGCAUUUUCUGUCACCCUAGCAGGAUUAAUUGCUUCAUUUUUCAAUGUAAUCCUGAAUGCUCGCCUACUUUGGAGAUAUCAAAAAUCGGCGAUGAAGAAUAAACCAGAGUAUCAACUGUUCAAAAUUCGAUUUAUCAUUGAUAUUCUUUAUGCUCUGACAGUGAGCAUCUACUACACUGCUCUCAUUGUUUCAUAUCUAGACCCAUUCAUCCUCUUCCACUACAAAUCCCUCUUCUUUGGAACCCUUUUAUCUUCUAAUGUUGUUUCAACUAGGUUCAUUCUUGGUGCCAUAAUAUCUGUUGAAAGACUUAUCGCUGUUUUCUUCCCGGUUAAAUUUCAUAACAAUCGUCGCAAAGUUUCAAUUUUUGCAUUCACUGCAAUUGUGGUUUUCUGGGGCAUGAUGGAAGAUGUGAUGUACUUUUGGGUUUGCGAUAUUGCUCCGUUUGAGAAGGAAUGCUCAAUUUUGGGAUGCACUUGGAAUGACUGUUUUGUACAGUAUUGGACAGGAACUAAAUUGACAAAUUACUUAUGCAUCGGCGACGCCUGUCUCACACUUCUUUUCGACUUUUCGCCUUUUCUGAUCACUCUUAUUUUUAAGACACAACUUUUGUCAGCAGACAUCUACGGACCCUAUAACGCGACGGCGAAAAGUCUCGCCUGUUUCGUCGACGCCAUCAUUGCGACAUUCAUUCUCAACAAACCAUCUUCGAAAAUAGUCUCGAUUCGAAGUGUUAAUCCGCGCACCGCAACUUCCGACAGAUUUUUUAUCGAAUAA